AUGUCCACCUGGGGACGCCCAGUCAUCCUUCUACUUCGGGACCUUCUCGCAAUGCUCCACCACCAAUCGAGCAGUCUUGGGAAUUGCCUACCAUUGAUGUGCAACCCCAGACUCACACGCACCGUAUACACCGUACUCCGCGAGCAAUGCCAGAACCCCCAAGAGACCAUGACUCUGACCGUCAUAGGCAUAGGACUCACACCCUACCUCAAAGAAGACGAUCACCCUUACCACGCACAAGACAACCAAGUAGGCUCAAUUGGUUAUCCGAAUCGGACUCGUCCUCUGAUCCGUUUGAAGAUCCAUACCAAGAAGACCCUACCGAUGACCGAGUCUACCCACGAGGUCAGUAUGCUGAAGAGCAAGCACGUCGCUCUCAAGCCCAGCACCGUCGUAGGAAUGACUCCCAUGAGGACCCAUUCCAGGAUCCCAUCCCAGACAAUUCCUCCUCCGAAGAUAGUGAAGUCGAUCAGAAUGACUGGAGGUGGCAAGGACGACGAGCUUCUCACAGACGCCGACGCUUAG